AUGGAGAAUGCAGAGACGUUGUCCAGUGAAUAUUCGAAAGCCUUACUCCCCAACACAAUUAUACAACUUGUAAUGGGUACCCUAGGAGUAUUUGGAAAUUGUCUAGUUCUUUUGAUGUACACUAAAUACGUUGAAGACAGGAGUGGAUCAAGAUAUUUCAUACCAAUUUUGGCUUUAGUAGAUCUUAUCGGUACUGUGUCUAACGUUAGUAAGAAUUACGUGAAUGACACUAUGGGCUACAUUUACCCCAGUGAAUUUUUGUGUAAAACAUUUGCUUUUUCAAUGGUGUUGACUGGAGGAUUUUCGGCUCAUAUCACUCUGGCUAUAUCGCUACAGAGAUAUUUAAUGAUAUGCCGCCCGUUUGGCCACCAAAUGUCCAAAAAAUGGCGAAGAGUUGCCGUCUUGGUUAUGUUUUUCAUAUCCAUAGUCUAUGCAACACCAGUUCUAAAAUUUAAUAAGAUACAUACACACACAUCAAAUAAUGUAACUGGUAAUAUCUCUAGAUGUGUGACCAAAGGCGAUACUAAAACAUCCAGUGGCAUUGUACAGUACCUUGGAAUUUUACUACUCUUUUCCAUCAUUAACAUUUUUGUCACCUCAGUUCUUUAUAUUCCUGUGAUUAAAACUAUUUAUAAAAGACGUUUGCAUGUUAGACGCAAUCAGGCAAACAAUGUUCCCGAUAGCAACGUUAAUAUCUCAAACAGUGAAUUACAAACAUUUAAUGUUGAGGAAAAUGCAGGUCUGAAACGUUCUGUACAGACUAAUGAUGAAAACAUUAAAACCUCCAGAAAAGACAGAGAGGCUAGAAGGAAUAUUAGCGUCAUGUUUCUC